CGGAAAGACUCAACGGCUCCCGCGCCCUUUUGACCCGGGCGAGGAGGUGACUUGUCAAGACGCUUCUCCUUCCUCCUCCUCCUCCUCUUCCUCCUCCUCCCCACAGUGGCCUCUGAAGAGGCAGCGGCAGCAGGAGCCACAACAACGAACACCCCACAGGCGUCAUCAACGGACUCGAGCCCCGACUCCAACCGGCGUUUGACCUCCCGGAGCCAUGGAAGGCACUGCUAGUAGGCGACCCCCUCAUGGCGGGAACGAGACCCCCUCGCUGCCCCUCCACACCAUGAAGAGGGGCUACGACGUGAUGCGCUACCCAUCCCUCAAUAAGGGCUUGGCAUUCACCUUAGAAGAGAGACAACAACUGAAUAUUCAUGGGUUACUACCUCCUUGUUUCCUCAGUCAAGAAGCCCAGGUUUUAAGAGUUCUAAGAAAUUUUGAAAGACAAACAUCUGACUUGGACAGGUAUAUUCUACUUAUGGGCCUUCAGGAUAGAAAUGAAAAGCUAUUCUAUAAAGUGCUGACUUCUGACAUUGAAAGAUUUAUGCCUAUUGUUUAUACUCCCACUGUCGGCCUGGCAUGCCAACAAUAUGGUAUAGCAUUUCGGAGGCCAAGAGGACUUUUCAUCACUCCCCAUGACCGAGGACACAUUGCAACGUUGCUUAAAUCAUGGCCUGAAACUGUUAUCAAGGCUAUUGUGGUGACUGAUGGAGAACGUAUUCUUGGCCUUGGAGACCUUGGUUGCUAUGGAAUGGGCAUCCCAGUGGGUAAACUAGCACUGUACACCGCAUGUGGAGGAGUGAAGCCCCAGGAAUGUCUGCCUGUUAUGCUUGAUGUGGGAACUGACAAUGAGGAGUUGCUAAAAGAUCCUUUGUAUAUUGGGCUUAGACAUAAGCGAGUCAGAGGCCAAGCUUAUGAUGACCUUCUAGAUGAAUUCAUGCAAGCUGUGACUUUCCGGUUUGGCAGAAACUGUCUCAUUCAAUUUGAAGAUUUUGCUAAUGCAAAUGCAUUCCGCCUUCUGAAUAAAUAUCGCAACCUGUACUGCACAUUCAAUGAUGACAUUCAAGGAACAGCAUCUGUAGCUGUUGCUGGUCUCCUUGCUGCUCUCAGGAUUACAAACAAUGAAUUGUCAGAUCACACAAUACUAUUCCAGGGAGCAGGAGAGGCAGCUUUAGGGAUAGCCAAUCUAAUUGUUAUGGCCAUGGAAAAGAAAGGAAUAACUAAAGAGGAAGCCCUUAAAAAGAUAUGGAUGGUUGAUUCAAAAGGACUGAUUGUAAAGGGCCGUGCUUCACUAACACCAGAGAAAGAGCGGUUUGCCCAUCAGCAUGAUGAAAUGAAAAAUCUAGAAGAGAUUGUGAACAAAAUAAGACCAACUGCUCUUAUAGGUGUUGCUGCCAUUGGUGGCGCAUUUACAAAAAAAAUUAUCACAGAUAUGGCUUCGUUCAACAAGCGGCCAAUUAUUUUUGCCCUCAGUAAUCCCACUAGUAAAGCAGAAUGCUCAGCUGAGGACUGCUACCAUCUAACUGAGGGGCGUGGCAUUUUUGCAAGUGGAAGCCCUUUUGAUAAAGUUACUCUUCCAGAUGGACGUACAUUUUUCCCUGGACAGGGUAACAAUGCCUAUGUGUUUCCAGGAGUUGCCCUUGGCGUUGUGUCAUGCGGAAUGAGACAUAUAAGUGAAGACAUUUUCCUCACUACUGCUGAGGUUAUAUGUCAACAAGUUUCACAGAAGCACUUAGAGGAAGGACGUUUGUAUCCACCUUUAGCAUCAAUUCAAGAUGUCUCCCUGAAAAUUGCUGUGAAAAUUGUAGAGCAAGCCUACAGCAACAACACUGCCACCUUCUACCCUGAGCCAGUAGACAAGGAAGCUUUCAUUCGCUCCCAGAUUUACAGCACUGACUAUGAAAACUUUCUGACGGAUUCUUACUCCUGGCCCAAAGAAGCCAUGAAAAUACAAACUGCAAACUUUUAAUGGAAGAACAGCACCACGGAAAUACUAGCAGCACUGAGAGACUUGCAAGUUUUCAUCUUCCUUUAAACGAUAGCACAACUUUGUCAGAACUCAGGAUAUACUUGUUUUCCUUGUUAACAGCACAGAAUAAUUUUAAAAGCCAAAUGUUAUUAAUGCUCUGUUUUUUAAAUGAAUUACUUAAGCUAAA